UCAGUGGUCGGAGGAAGAGAUUAUAGAAAACUUCAUAUUUAAUGUAGAUCCAAGUCUCGACAAGGAAGUUAAGGAAGCUCGACCGAAGGAUGGGAAAUGGACUACGUAUAAGAAGAACCUCAUUGAACUUUAGAAAUUAGAGGAUAACAAGAUCUCCAUCAAGGACCUUGAGACUAUGACUCAAGAUGAAGAUGAGAGCGUACGGGCAUUUGGGAAGCGUUUCCAGAAGAUCUCUGACGUGCUGAUGAAGAAGGGGAAGAUCUCAGAGGUCGAGCGCUGUACUAUCUUCAUUGGGCACUUGUCCAAAGACAGACAGAAGAGUAUACUUAGAGAUCUCCUGCGCGACAAGCUUGACUUCCCUGAAGUCCCAAAGCUCGCGAUAAAGGCAGAGGCAAACGACUAUAAGGACUUGGCAUGGAGAGGAAUGAGGAGGCGUGAUUUCUCUCUGUAUAAGGAGUAUGCCACUGAUAGAUGUCCUGAUUUCAAGAACUAUCCCUGGUCGGAAAAGAAUGAAGCCGUGGCCGAGGAAGUGAAGGAGAUAAGGGACAUGGUAAAGGGAUUGACAAGACAGGUUACACAGAUUGUGACCAGCACAGAAGCCACGACUUAUCGGGACAAACUCAGAGGGCCUUAUUCACUUCGUUGGGACCGUAGGAACACCGAUUCCUGGAAUAGUGUCGAGGAUAGAAAUCCUCGAACGCUAACUGAUUAUCGUGCGAGGGAAAGGGAGAGAGACGAUGAGCCAUGGCGACGUAGGGAUGAUGAGAUAGACCGGGACCGCAGGGCUCGCGAGACGUAUGGACGAGCUAGGAGGUUGGAUGAUUACUCGCGUAGCCCUCGUUAUGAGGCUGAUGGGGGUAGAGCCGACUCUCGAGGUAGGUGGGAGUCAGAUCAGGGCCGACGAGACGGAUACAGGGACGACAGAUAUGAGAGGACGGACCGAGAUGGAUACAGGGGUGGCAGGUAUGAGAGAGGAAAUCGAGACGGAGACCGACGAGAUGACUCACAUGGAUGGUAUGAUCGCGGGGGAUACGCGAGGGCACAACAUGACGAUUCGCGGGGGUGGUACGACCGAGGAGAUCGACGCGAUGAGUCACGCGGGCGAUACGACCAUGGAGACCGCCGGAAUGAUUCACGGGGACGAUAUGAGCAAGGAGGAUCUGGAGGAGACCGCUGCAAUAAUUCGCGCGGACGAAAUGAGAGAGGGGGAUAUGGCGCGUCGACUGAUCCGUAUCCAAAGUCCCCUGACGCCAGAGCAGCCAAGGGUUCGACUUCUAGGAGCGCAGACGACAAGUCGCGCACUCCGAGAAACUCUUGCGUCUACUGUAGAGGGGAUGAUCAUAUCAAGAGAGACUGUCCGGAUCUCAAACGGGCAAUAGAUAAGGGACUUGUCGUGCUUGAUGACCGCAAGUACGUUAAGUAGGCAGAUAAUCUGGGAGAUGUAUCAAUGUUCUCUUCGAUGAAGGAGAAUGUAGAAGCAAGGAGAGUAAAGCCGAGUAAAGGAAAGGAGCCAGU